AUGUCCAUUCCUUAUUUCAUGAAAGGCCAGGGGACAGGACUGAGUGAAGCUGCUCUCCGAGCUGAUGAAUCAUCGGAUGAAAAAGAUGCCAGAAGAAUGGAGGUGGAGUACGAUGUUACCUCUGUACAAGAACAAAGACGAUAUCCAGAAUUGGAUAGGAAGAAGGAUUUGCACAUGGUAUUUACUGACAUAAAAAAGUCAUAUGACAAGGUCUCUAGGGAAGUUCUUUGGAGAUGUCUGGAGGUGAAAGGUGUUCCGGUUGCUUAUAUUAGGGUGAUUAAGGACAUGUACGAUGGAGCUAAGACGCGGGUUAGGAUAGUGGGGGGCGACUCAGAGCAUUUCUCGGUCGUUAUGGGUUUACACCAAGGAUCGGCGCUCAGCCCGUUCUUAUUUGUCGUGGCGAUGGACGUACUAAUACACCAUAUCCAAGGGGAGGUGCCAUGUUGUAUGUUAUUUGCCGAUGAUAUUGUUCUGAUCGAUGAGACACGAGACAGUUUUAGUGAGAGCGGCAUUUCGGGAGAAGCGGACAUGGACGUGAGGCUUGACUCUCAAGUCAUUCCCAAGAAAGGAAGCUUCAAGUACCUGGGGUCGGUUAUCCAGGAGGAUGAGGAGAUUGAUAAGGUUGUUACGCACCGUAUAGGGGUGGGGUGGAUGAAAUGGAGGCUAGCGUCUAGUGUCUUGUGCGACAGGAAGGUGCCCCCGAAACUUAAAGGGAGCUGGGAGAUUCAAAAGUAG